AUGCACAAGAAGCAACGCAUAGAGUCCUUGGCAUCGCUGCACAUGGGCCUUCUCGCACUUCCCUUGGUUGAGACGAGAAGCCAAGCAAUGUCAGUACGAGCCUUCAAGACACGUGCGCGUGCGCUCGUGAAGCUCAAGCUUUGGAAGGAUGCCCACGCAGACUUCCAGGAGGGCUUGAAGAUAGACUACGACGAUGCCACGUACGAGGAGUCUGUGAAGGUGGCCGGGAAGAUGAAGGAGCGUCUACUGAGUUUACCUUUGGUUUGUAGGGUUUGGAAGAAUGGUAGUAAUAGUAGUUAUAUUUGUACCCCAUUCCUCCACUCCCUACUAACCAAGGGUAAGUGA